UGUAAUUGUGGCUUGACUCCCCGGGAAUCUUUAGAGCUUCAAUCCCACCAAAGACGAUCCAAGCCAUUCUCAAAGCUACACUAUUACCAACUUUCUUACUAUUGCAAUUGGAAAGGCUGCUUCAUUCUUGCACCCUCGGACAUUAAGCAAGAAUGGCUUCCUUUCCGACCGCAGUGCGGUCCAGUCGAAAGUUGGCCUUUAAUGUUGUCCAGGCUCGUCACAUUUCCGACCUUACCAUCACUCGGACCGGCAAACCCAUCCUCCGCGUACAAGGUGGAAGAUCAUCCCUUGGAGGUCAUACGGCGACGGUAUUUGGCGCAACAGGACAACUCGGAAGAUACAUCGUCAACCGAUUAGCGCGACAAGGAUGCCAAGUCGUUAUUCCAUACCGAGAGGAGAUGGCGAAGCGACAUCUCAAGGUUACGGGUGAUCUAGGUCGUGUCGCAUUUAUCGAGUACGAUUUACACAACACCGAGUCGAUCGAAGCCAGCGUUAGGCACUCCGACGUUGUAUACAACCUUAUCGGCCGAAAUUACCCUACCAAGAACUUUAGUCUUGAGGAUGUUCACGUCGAGGGUACCGAGCGCAUCGUCGAAGCUGUUGCUAAAUACGAUGUCGACCGAUAUAUCCACGUCUCAUCAUACAACGCCGACCCUAACUCUCCUGCCGACUUCUUUGCUACCAAGGGACGAGGAGAACAGGUCGCCCGUAGCAUCUUCUCCGAGACCACCAUCGUACGACCCGCUCCUAUCUUCGGAUUCGAAGACAACCUCCUUCUCCGAUUAGCCAGCGUUACCAACCUAUUCACAUCAAACAACAUGCAAGAGAGAUAUUGGCCUGUACACUCAAUCGAUGUCGGCCAAGCUUUAGAAACCAUGCUAUACGACGACACAACGGCCGGUCAGACGUUCGAACUAUACGGUCCUAAGAACUACUCAACGGCGGAAAUUGCUGAGAUGGUAGACCGAGAAAUCUACAAGAAGCGAAGGCAUAUUAACGUGCCCAAGGCUAUCCUCAAGCCUGUCGCUGGUUUACUAAACAAGGUAUUAUGGUGGCCGAUACUUUCGGCGGAAGACGUAGACAAGGAAUUCAUCGACCAGAAGAUCGAUGAGACCGCAAAAACAUUUGCCGACCUAGGUAUCAAACCAGGCGACAUUAGCAACUUCACAUACCAUUACCUACAAGGAUUCCGUAGCUCGGCAUACUAUGAUCUACCGCCAGCGACGGAGAAGGAGAAGAGAGAAGACAGGAAGUACUUACACGUGAUGGAUGAACAAUAGAGAAUUACUUCGCAAGAGCAAUAUUUUCUGUAAUAUUUAACCAGAAAAGAGACUCAUUUUGCGCUGUACAUAUAUACAUACUAGACCAAGUAGUUUUUCUUGAUCCAAAAGUCACGAACGGUACUAUAAGAGCAUUUUAUUAUUUUUUCUAGA